GAAUUGUACUUUAACGCCCCUGUCAAUUUCAAGUGAAGCCCAAAAGCAGAAUUUAGUUGAAACAGCGAAGCCACGAAAAGAAGAAGCAUCAUCAAAAAUAAUAUAAAUCAAAUUAUUAAACAUCAUUCAUCAUUUUAUAUUGAAAAUUUAUAAAGCAAAAGAAAAUACAAAGCACCUUCAACAUGCUCGAUAAAAUUGAAAUGAGUUUGGAUGACAUCAUAAAGAGCAAUAAAAGAACACCAAAACCUAAUCGCGGAAGAGGAAAUUUCGGUAACAAAUCAAGUUCAAACAAGAAAUUUGGCGGAAGAGUCGCAUCAGGACGAAUUACACGUUUAAAACACACUCGGGGUGAUGUCAACAGUUCAUGGAAACACGACUUAUUUGAAGGCGGACGUAAAGGAGGAAUUGGUAUUGGAGGACUUCGUACACAAGGCGGUGCUGCAAAAUUAGUAGUUUCAAACUUGGACUUCAGCGUAUCAGAUGCAGACAUCAACGAAUUGUUUGCAGAAUUUGGGCCAUUAAAGCAAGCAGCUGUUCAUUACGAUCGUUCUGGAAGAUCUUUGGGAACGGCUGAUGUCGUUUUUGAACGACGCACUGAUGCUGUAAAGGCUAUGAAACAGUACAAUGGUGUACCGUUAGAUGGGCGUCCAAUGAGCAUUCAACUUGCUACAUCCGAAGUUUCUCAAGGACGAUCUCAAGCUUCGAAACCAACAUUCUCAUCUAACAGACCACGAAUAACUCGAGGUUCACCUCGUGGAGGUGGCCGUCGUGGUGGUACAGGACGUGCAGGAGGUCGUCAAGGGGGUCAAAAUCGACGUGGUGCAAAACGCGAAGUGACCGUCGAUGAAUUAAACGCUGAACUUGAUGCAUACACAAUGCAAGGCUAAAUCUAAAGAAGCGUUAAAAAAAUUAAUUACACUUACUAUAACUUAGUUUUCUUUCAUAUUUCAUUUCAAUGAACAUUUCAAUUAAAAGUUUAAAAACUUACUUUCUUCAUGUUUUCUCAAGCUUAUAAGAAAAAAAUUGAUUUCUUACAAGCACAAAAAAGAUAAAUAAAUAAAAUUCAGAUUUAAUAAGUAUAAAAAUA